UAUCAUAUUUUACUAGUUUGGCUUGACGAUAUGAUGCAUGCUCCAGAGUUGCAUAUAUCCCAACCAAACUUCGAGGCCGUCACUUACUACUAGUACAUACAGUACAUAUAAACAUAUCACGUCUCUGCAAGCUGCAAGCCAACAAGCUGCCUGCCAUGGAGGGGUGGUUAAGCUUGUGUUUCAUAGCCGGAUCCACGCUACUGGCAAUUUGGUUUCUCGAGCUCUCCCGUCGCAACCCCAAUAAGAAGCUGCCUCCAGGGCCAUGGACUCUCCCCAUCGUCGGCAGCCUCCUCCACGUCGUUGGCGCCUUCCCGCACCGCACCAUUGCAGAACUGUCUCGCCGGCACGGGCCGCUGAUGCACCUCAGGCUAGGCGAAGUCGCCACCAUGGUGGUCUCCAGCGCCGAGGUGGCGGCGCUGGUCUUGAAGACCAACGACCUUACGUUCGCGGACCGGCCUCGCACUGUGACGCAGAACAUCUUCGGCAGUGGCGGCAAGGACAUCGCCUUUGCCCCCUACGGCGCCGCGUGGCGCCAGAUGCGCAAGGUGUGCGUCAUGGAGAUCCUCGGCUCCAAGCAGGCGAGGCGCACGGAGCGCAUCAGGACUGAGGAGGUCGGCAGCCUCCUUCGCUCCAUCGUCAGCGCCUCGGCCGUCGGCGGCGCCGGCGCUACGGUUAACGUCAGCGAGAAGGUGGCGAUGCUUAGCAACGACGUCGUUUCGCGGGCGGUUUUCGGCGGGAAGGUCGCGCAGCGGGACGAGUACAUCCGCGAGUUGGGCGAGGCCAUGGAGCUCGUGACCGGCUUCUGCCUCGUCGACAUCUUCCCCUCGUCGCGGCUGGUGCGGUGGCUUAGCAGCGUCGAGAGGCGUAUGAGGAGGAGCUACGGCCGUAUGCAGAGCAUCAUCGCUGACAUCCUCGACGAGCGCAAGGCCGCACGAGCUGCCGGCGAUGGCUCCUGCAGCACCGACGAUGAGGACCUGCUGGAAGUGCUGCUCAGGCUGCAGGCCGAGGACUCGUUGGAAUUCCCUCUAACCACAGAGAUUAUAGGCGCCGUCAUGUUUGACAUGUUUGCUGGUGGCACGGAUACCACCGCAACCGUUUUGGAGUGGGCUAUGUCGGAACUCGUGAACAAUCCCGAAGCCAUGACUAAAGCACAACUAGAGGUCCGAGAGGUGCUUGGUGAAGACCGAGUUAUCAUUACCAACUGUGACAUUGCUAAACUCCCCUACAUGAGGAUGGUCAUCAAGGAGGUUCUGAGGUUGCAUCCACCCAUUCCUCUAGUCCCUCGCAUGGCUAGAGAUGAUUGCACAAUUAUGGGUUAUGACAUGCUUAAAGGCACCAAUGUAUUAGUUAAUGUCUUCGCAAUUUCCAGAGAUUCAAGAUAUUGGGAAAAUCCUGAAGAGUUUAAGCCCAAGAGAUUUGAGAACAACAAUAUGGAUUACAAUGUGACGUAUUUUGAAUUUAUUCCCUUUGGGGCUGGGCGACGGCAGUGCCCUGGGAUGUUUUUUGGCAUGUCGACAGUGCACAUCACAUUGGCAAACAUGUUGUAUCACUUCAAUUGGAUGCUUCCUGAAGGGGCUUGUCUGACUUCAUUUGACAUGUCUGAGAAAUUUGGGUUGACAAUAAGACGAAGAUAUGACCUGCAGCUCAGAGCUAUUACACGGGUGGGCGUCAAAGAUAUACUGUCGAAGUGAUGCAAACAACAUGGUAUCUAUCUUGUGAUGUAUGUUCAGAUAUAUUCCUCUUAGCGUAUGAAUUUAUUACAUUGCAUAUUUGCACACUAGAAUAAGAAAAGCUCGUUGGGACUGUACUACUUUUCACAAAUUACAUUACUUUGUACUACAAGGCAUAGAUAUCUUAAUUGUAUUAGUUUUGUGUUUGUGAACAUAUGAAUGAUGCAAUAUGCAUAAGGAAGUAACAUGGUCUUUUAUUUGGUCUGACA